AAUGUCCUACAAGUGUGGUCAUGUAGAGUCAGUUGUUCAAAUUUCACUUUGAGAAGGCAAAUGUAUUUUUUCCACUCAAAAAAGCAGUGUAGUUUUCUCCAGUGUCUAAAGGAUUCUCCACCACAAAGUCAAAACUGAUGGAUUGCAACGGCAUGCUCAAAGACAACCCAAAAAGCAAGAACCCUUUCCACACCGCAGAUAAAGUCUCACCGGGAUGGUUGAAUGCAGGCAAUGAUCUCUUAUUGACUCAUUGAGACUGUGUUGGCACACGCAAAACGCAAUCGUUGCCCAGGAGCGGUGUAUGCACUGAAGAUUGGUGCGCUGGAUAUUGAAACAGGUCCUUGGAGUGGGCUGGCCAAGAAAGCAUGGCGUUCUUGCCUUGGUGGUGCAGAGUGGCAAGGAUGGCGUUGACUUCAGCUGUCAAAGCCUGCUGGUUAUAUAUAAAAUAAAAUGAGUUAUAUCGAUCCACUACAUUGACUUUGUUUUAUUUGUUGGGGGGAAAAAAUGAAUUUCAAAACAUGAAGACUUGCGAGAAGAGAUUAUUUUUCCAUGGUAGAGUAGUGAUUAAGAAGUCUGUGCAGUGAGCUGAGAGUUGGUAAUGUUAAGAAAUAUGCAACACUAGUUGCACCACACCAUAUUUGGGGGACGGAGAGGCCACACGUAUGAAUGGGGGUGGCCUGUCAAACGGGAAUGAGCCCUCAACACGUUUUAAAAAAAAAAAGAGCGAGAGAGAGAGAGAAAAGCAGAAGUGUCGGAUGUGUGCUGCAUCCUAAUACAGCCAGCGCGCAAAAGUUUGGUUUUCGGGCAGCUGUGUGGCUAUGGUCUGGGAGGCCCGUUAACGCCAUGAAUCCAGAGGAGCAAACGGUAACGUGGCUGAUAUCGUUAGGAGUGCUGAAUUCGCCGAAGAAAAAUAUUGCUGACCCAGAGGAGUUUUUGAAAUCGUCUCUGAAAGAUGGGGUCGUCUUGUGUAAACUCAUCGAACGCCUUGUACCCGGAACAACAUCAAAGUACUGCCUGGAUCCCAGAAACGAAGGGGACUGCAUUGGCAAUAUUCGAGAGUUUCUGAAAGGAUGUUCUGCGUUGAAAAUUGAGGGCUUUGAGCCAGAGGACCUGUACACGGGGGAGAACUUUGGCAAGGUCCUGUCCACACUCCUGGCAGUAAAUAUCGCCACCCAGGAUCGGGGCUCGGAGAGGUCAUGUCCGCAGCCUAGCGCCUCAUCCUCAGGCCAAUUCCCGUCUGCUAGCUCACAGUCCACCUCCAGGUCCAGAUCGCUCCGAAGACAGUCCAAGCCAGUAGUGGAGAUGUCGGAGAAUGGGGGCAGUGGCGGUGGUGGGGGUGGCACUAGUGCUACCAGCGGAGGAGGGGGAGGAAAUGUAGCCGGCCAGCUGGUGGUGAAGGCUCGCUUCAACUUCAAGCAGAACAACGAGGACGAGCUGUCCUUCAACAAGGGAGAAAUCAUCCAGGUCACCAGACAGGAGGAGGGUGGCUGGUGGGAGGGAAACCUCAAUGGCAAGACCGGCUGGUUCCCUAGCAACUACGUACGAGAGGUCAAACCAUGUGACAAACCAGUGUCCCCCAAGGCCAUCAAGGGAUUUGAUGUGCCCCAGCUGACCAAGAACUACUACAAUGUGGUGGUACAGGAUAUUGUGGAGCACGAGAGGGAGUUUGUGAAGGAGCUGCAGACGGUGCUGGGCUGCUACCUGAGGCCCCUGCAGGCCAGCGACAAGCUGUCCAGUGCAGACAGCGCGACUCUCGUGGGGAAUCUGGAGGACGUCCUGAGCUUCCAGCAAGGACUCUGCGUCGCUCUGGAGGAGUGCACCAAGAUGCCAGAGGGUCAGCAGCGGUUGGCUGGCUGCUACCUGAACCUGAUGUGUCAGCUCCGCACGCUCUACCUGUCCUACUGCUCCAGCCACCCCGCCGCCGUCACCGUGCUCACUGAUCACAGUGAGGAGCUGGACAAGUUCAUGGAGAGCCAGGGGGCCAGCAGCCCAGGCAUCCUGACCCUCACCACCAGCCUCAGCAAGCCCUUCAUGAGGCUGGACAAGUACCCCACCCUGCUGCAGGAGCUGGAGAGACACGUGGAGGAAGCCCAUCCUGACUACUGUGACAUCCUGAAAGCAAAUGCUGCCUUCAAGAACCUCGUGACUCAGUGUGGUGACCUGCGGAAGCGUAAGAACCUGGAGCUGCAGAUCCUGUCGGAGCCGGUGCGGGGCUGGGACGGGGACAGCAUGAAGUCACUGGGCACGGUGGCCUACAUGUCACAGGUGCAGGUGCUGACGGGAGCCAGCGAGGAUAAAGAGGAGCGCUACUUCAUGCUCUUCCCAAACCUGCUCAUCAUGCUGUCGGCCAGCCCACGCAUGAGCGGAUUCAUCUACCAGGGAAGACUUCCACUGACGGGCACAACGGUAACCAAGCAACCAGAGGACACAGACAAUGGCCUCUUCGCAUUUGAGAUCACAGGUGGGGGAGUGGAGCGCACCACAGUGUUCUGCAGUAGUCCCCUGGAGCUUCAGGAGUGGCUGGAGCACCUCUACGUCUUCGCCAAGGGAGGAAGCCCUGUGGGCACCAUCCUCAAGCCUGCGGAGGGGAAGCCCAUGAGCAUGGUGGGCUCCCCGGCGCACCAGGGCCACUUGGCCAGCAUGGGGACCCCCGUGUCCAGCCGCGGGGCCCUGGAGCCCCCUAAGGUCCCCAAGCCCUGGUCCCUCAGCUGCCUCCGGCCCGCACCGCCCCUCAAGCCCUCAGCCGCCCUGGGUUACAAGGAGAGGAUGUCUUAUAUCCUGAAGGACUCCAGCAAGAGCCCUCGGCCCAUGAAGAAGUUCCUCCCCAAGAGGCAGAAAGACAGGAAGCCCUCCGACAACGACAUCAACCAGCGGCAAAGCACAGUAGCUCUGGAGGAGGAUGCUCAGAUCCUGAAGGUGAUUGAGGCCUAUUGUACAGGAGUCAGCCUUCACCAAACCACCACAGUUGUGCGCAAGGAGAGCAUCCCGCAGGUCCUCCUGCCAGACGAGGAGAAGAUCAUCGUGGAGGAGAUGAGGAGUAACGGGCAGACUGUCCUCGAGGAGAAGAGUCUUGUUGAUGCAGUGUAUGCACUGAAAGACGAGGUCCAUGAACUGAAAAAGGAGAGCCGCUUGAUGAAGGCCCACCUGGAGGAGGAGCAGAAGCUGCGGAGGGAGCUGGAGAGGAUGGUGCGCAAGCUGGCCAAGAAGAACGACUGCGGCAGCGUCUGGGACGACAGCACAGCACACUGAGGAAUGUUACAACACGUACACGCGCUCGCACACACAAGCACAGUCAUCGUCAGCAUUUCGCAUUCAACCAGCGUGUGUGUGUGCGCGUGCGUGUG